CGUCUUUCAGCUCCUUCACUCCAUCCCCUCUUCCGCAAUCAAGUCUUCGCUGUCCAGUACACGAAUACGCAAUCAUGUCUCUCCUCGGAAAGAAGUUCCCGACCCCUGUCGCCAAGCCUAUGGCUCCUUUCUUCGCCGCCGGUGUCGUCAUCCUCUACGGCGUCAACUCGUUCGCCAACGUCCUCAUGUCGACCGACGAGUUCAAGAACGACCCCCGCAACCCCAACGCCAAGAACCCCAAGCACUAGAUUGUGUCUCAGGAGUUCUUUGAAGACGGUUGAUGUGUCGAAGAGUGAGGAUUGUGGUGGGCGACUCGACGCCCAGAUUGCUGUUUCGCCUUUGUUUCGACGUCGCGGGCGGUUCAUCUGUACAGGCAUAGAUUUUACCGUCAUAGAUCCAAUGACGAAUUGACAAGUUGUACCACUAUCCUUACCGUCUUGUGCUUUUUACUAGCUGCAGUUUGGACUAGCUGCAGUUUGGACUAGCUGCAUCCUGGACUGAUUGAGAUCCAGUGGCGGGAUCGUCACGGUGUCAGGUUUGCAAAUCGUCGGCGUAUGGCGGCAACAUACGCUGGGUUUUAGC